AUGUAUUCAGUCCUUCCAGCUGGGCAUUAUUCAAAAACUUCUGAAACAGAUGUAAAAGAAUCUAGAAAAUCUCAAGGUAUGAAAGACUGGCAGAAAAAGCAUCGAAUGCAAAAGACUAAAGGUAUUAAGAAAUGUGUAGUUAAGAGAGAGCUUCAGCAUAAUAACUUUUUAGAAUGUCUUAGGACUAAGAAGCUAACCCGACAUGAUAUGUAUGGUCUCCACAGUUAUGAUCACGAAAUAUAUUUGGAACAAGUAAAUAAAAUUGGGCUAAAUCCAUAUGAUAAUAAGCGUUGGAUUCUAUUAGAUGAAGAGAAUACAAAGCGCGAUGCUAGAGUUGAGGAACUAGAGCAAAAGAAUAUAGAGCUUGAGACCAGACUUGCUAUAUUAGAGCAGGGAGAAAAAGGUAUUUCUACAAAAGAUGUUUCGCAAUCUCCAGUAGAUUCCAACAAUACUCAGGCAUCUAAUAUACCUGAUAAUACUUCAAAUUCUAGUAUUACUCCUGAACGAAUAGAAAAUAGCUCUGAUAUAACAUCUGAUGAUGCAAAACAUCGAACCUCUAAUUCUUCUGAUACAUACCAGGAAAAGAAUAGCCGAUCCUCCACUGAGAGAAUAAGAGAAAAUAACCGGGAAAAGAAGCUUCAAGUACAAAACUUAUCUUCAAAUAAUAAUUCAUUAGCUCUAAAGGAGCGUCUCUCUGAGUCAUGUGAUAUAAAAAAAAUUCCUAAUACCUCUUUGCCGGUGGAGGAUCUUGACGAUUCUGAUGAAAUUGAGCUUAUUAAAAAUCAAAAUAUAGAAUUAGAUUUAAUACGAGAUUUGCGGAAUGAUAUGUUUAUUACAUUAUCCGAUCCCAUAGAAAUACCUUCCAAAGACAUCGUGGAUAAUGAAAAACCAAUAUCUAUUGAAUCCUCUUAA